CAUGGCCGCGCCCAUUAGAUUCUAGCAUGUCGCUUCCCAUUCGGUAUAUCUUUGCUGUCGCAUCACUGGGAUUGUUGUCAGCAGGCAUAUACGACUACCUAAAGAACUUUGAAGAAAAUGGAUGUGAAAUGACAUGGAUGUUUGAAUAUCCAAAAUAUAUUAAAGUUCAUAUGGAUGAUGCAGUAGCUCGCAGAUUUCCACAAUAUGGGCUCCACAUAUACGGAGAGGGUGAAUAUGCAAGGAAAGUUAGUUCCUUGAAGUUGACUGGAGUUCCUGUGCUCUUCAUUCCUGGGAAUGCUGGUAGUUAUCGCCAAGUCCGAUCCCUGGCAUCAGUGGCACUCAGGAAGGCAGAGUCAUCUCGCUCAAAGUUCGAAUUUAACUACUUCUCUGUCAAUCUUAAUGAGGAGCUUGUCGGCCUGUUUGGGGGGUUGAUUCAAGAUCAGACAGAGUUUGUCCAUGAGUGCAUCAAGCUGAUUCUGACUUUCUAUGCUGGAGCACCCAAACCUCCGACAUCUGUCAUCCUAGUGGGACAUUCCAUGGGAGGGCUGUUAGCUAGAGCCUUGUUCACCCUGCCUACAUUUGACCCAAGUCUUGUGACAACCAUCAUCACUCAAGCCACACCCCACCAGGCCCCAGCUAUUGCCAUUGAUAAUGUGCUGAGCAGUUUCUACGAUGAGAUCAACACAUACUGGCGACUCCAUGCCAACAGCACACUCCGUGACGUGACAGUUGUCAGUACAGGGGGCGGGUACAGAGACAUCCUAGUCAGGAAUGGCCUCACAACGCUCAAAGGGGUUGUGAGUCAGGAUAGAGGAGUCAGCACAUCUACAAUGUCGGUUCCCAAAGCCUGGGUUUCCACUGAUCAUCUGUGUGCUGUAUGGUGUAGACAGAUGGUUCUUGUGACUAAAAGAGCCAUGUUUGAUAUCAUCGAUCCUAACACACACCAGGUGACUACAGAUGCUGACAGGAGGAUGCAUGUGUUCCGACACCACUUCCUGUCUAACUCUGGCAGUCAGAAACUCCGGGAAAACAUACCAGGGGAGAUGACUCUUGAUCCAAAGAUUCCAUGGGAAGUCAAACAGGACAAACUGUUCAGAUUCAGUGCUGAAAAAAUGUCAUCAACCAAGUACUUUGCUAUCCCCGUGAUACGAGAGACAGAAGAAUCAGCAGUGGAGAUUGACUCUGUUAUCAUCAUGAGCAACAUUACUAGAGAUGACUGGGUGUGUGCAUGUACCUUGAAGAAGAACCAAGACAGAUGCACAAGCUGCAUCAAUCUUUCAGCCAAAGCUCAAUCUCUGCCGCCUACCUACUCCAAUAAAAAGGUUAUAAAAAUGUACUUGAAGGAACUAGGGGAGGCAACUCAUAUUGUUGUCAUUGCUGCUCACUCAAAACAGAAGGUGGAAGUGUUAGUUGAGCAGUACCCCAUGAUUGAACGCCAUCUCAUAUUUGGCCUGCCAGGGAUAUACGACACGAUCAUAUCCUACCCGGUCAGUGUGCUGGACAUGGCGGCCAUGUUGCAGAUCCGCAACGACUCCGUGUACUACAGCCUGCAUCUGGCCGGACUGGAAGGCCCCUUGAGGGCUUACACCGCACAAAUCAUUCCUCGCAGGUGUCGCAAACUCCAUGCAGCUGAGUAUGAGGGGAUUGUAUACACUCUGAAUGUUCCCUGGAGUAACGAAAGCACCUACGGAUUCAGCAAGUACCGCGAGACUGCACAUCUCCCGGUGAAGGUGCAGAGCGGCAAGCCACGUGAUGCCGAGGACGAGGCGGUUCACCUGGAGAUGUUCCUCCACCCAUCCUGCUCGUACCACCUCAAGCUGACCACGUCACCGGUACACGUCAUGGGGCAGUUUGUGAGAUUUUACGGAGUCCUGUUUCCAUGCUUCUUUGUGUGUGUGCUGCUCCUGACCCUCAGAGGUCACUUCCUGAAACUAGCAUCAGGUGACAUAUGCUGCCCAGGAGCUGAGGCUGUGUUUGUGUACAGUAAGCCAUUUAUCGUGCUGCCCUUUGUGCUUGCCUUCCGAUAUGUCGCCAGCUACAAGAAAGUAGAGAAACUGCUCACAAGCCUCGGUCUCCCGCGAGAUGAUAAAGAGGCUCUGGAGUCACGUGACCUGUGGUUCCAGGCACUGACAUUCCUCAUGUUCUUCUCAACAUUCCUCAUCUCGCUGGUUCACGUGCGGUUCACGCAGAGUGUGAUCGCUGUUGUCAGCUGGGUGCUCGGACUUGUCUUCAGAUGGGUUCCCGAGUUUAUCCUGAAUCUGAGUCUGUACGUGGAGGUGUGCGUGUGUGUCCUGGCGCUGGUGUCAGCCCUGACAGUGUGUGGAUCUGUUUCUAUACUUCUCUGCUACUUCCUCAUGGUGGCAAAGGUGCUGUGGCUGUGCAACAGGUGGGCCUCCACCAGAGUGAGAGAGGAUGAAUCCAAGUUCAACUUCUUCUUUAUACUGCUGAUGAUAUAUCUCUGGCUGCUAGUUCUCAAUUCACCAUCUCUAAUUGUGUGGGCCAAGAAUUUCAGGUAUAGUGCUGCGCUGUCGACCGACCCCAGCAAGAUAGUUGGAGUCAUCACCAGUGUAGUAUCUCUGCUGUAUUUCAUCAAUGAUAAAGUAGAAUUUAAGAAAAACAGCUGCACCAUGGUUUCGUGGCUGUUGUAUAUGAUGGUGUUUUCGUCGCUGCUCUAUGCCAUGGACUCAAUCUAUCGCCUCUCGUAUGUCAUCGCCGCCGCGCUCUGCGUCAUCGCUGUCCCAAAACUGGAGGCCAUGGCUGUUGCUGCUAUGUUUCCACCAAAGACGAAAGAUGAAUGAUCUCUUUUCUUUGACUACUGCCAUCAUAUUCUCAUCUAUCUCCACAUAUUUUGAUAUGUUUAGGAUGAUGUGAAGGACUGUUGAUCACAGAAUGCUUGUGUUGCUUAAGAUUGUGUUAUCCAAGACAAUGCUACCAUACAUGAGAUAUUCAGACACACGUGUGAUGCCAUCUGUUUAGACCUACUUCAACUGUAUGCACUCUGUGCAUCAGUUUUUAUGUAAGAGCUUUAUUUCUUUUGAAAACAAAAAAUAGAAAAGAAAUAGAAACAUUUAAUGAGGGUUAAAAUCAUGAGGGGCUGACCAGGUCAGGCCACAGAUUUAAAUUCAAAAUUAUACUGAUAAUAAUUUCAACAAUUGUUAUUUAUUUGAUCAAGACCCGUGGAGAAAUCAGGGUGGAAUAGGUCUCCAGCAACCCAUGCUUGCCGUAAAAGGCAACUAUGCUUGUUGUAAGAGGCGACUUACAGGAUCGGGUGGUCAGACUCGCUGACUUGGUUGAAUCAUGUCAUCGUAUCCCAAUUGGGUGGAUCGAUGCUCAUGACUCCAGACUCGAUUAUUUACAGGCCGCCGUCAUAUAGCUGGAAUAUUGAUGAGUGCGACGUUAAACAACAAACAUGCUGUUGUAACAGAAUGGGUAAUCCAUUACAACAAACAUGCUGUUGUAACAGAAUGGGUAAUCCAUUACAACAAACAUGCUGUUGUAACAGAAUGGGUAAUCCAUUACAACAAACAUUCCUUCCAGUGCCAGUACAUAUAUAUUUCUUGUUUUUGUAUCUAAUCCUGUUGCAAUGGAUUUAUUUUUUGUUCAACAGAUCUCAUCAUUCACAAUAUUUUAAAUGCUAUUUUAGAAUAAAGCUGCAUGUAACAAUGAUUGAGAGUUUGAAUCAACAUUUUCAUUUCUACCUACAAAUUAAGACAUUAUAUUGUUUCUUUCUCUUAACUCAUGGGAUAAAAAAGGCCAUAUCAUCUGUUUGAGGAUCAGUUCAGACAGACAAUUGAGGUUCUUGUUUGAUUGAAAAUGUAUUUUUCUGAACUUAAAUCGUACAAAGAAAUCCUGUGUGUUUUUAGUGGAAGUUCAAAUCUACCCUGACAACAUUUUUGGCUGUGACGCUUUUGGUUCUGACCAAGAAAGGGGAGCACAGAAUAACAAUUGUGUCUGUUCUUGAUAAGCCAAUCUCAUGAGAUUCAUGUGGUAGUUUGGUGUGCAUGCAGGCCUUGUUUAUGUGGAUUAUGAAGUAAUGUAGGAAUGAUGGAACUACUGCACCUGGACUGCCGUGGGUUUGUACUAUCGUCAUUUCAGUUGUCAAUGCCUUUUUUAUCCCCGUUAAAUCAUGGAACAAACUUGUGUGUAGAUGGAUCCAGGUUAGCUACAGGGCUAGGUGACCUGCAGGACAAGGUGAGCUACAGGACCAGGUGAGCUACAAACCCUUGGUGCUUACCUACAACGGUUGUGAUCCUCAGUAACCUGUCACCAGUGUAAGGCUAUUUGCUUGUAGUGGGCUUUCCCUCCUGUGAUACAUGUGACAACAACCGGACAUAUUCUGUUACUUUGCCCUCAGUGCUGACCCUGUGCUACCUUUAUGGUUUGUUGAUCUUGAUUGAUAUUCUUUCCUCACCUUGAAUUUCAUCAGCUGUGAUGAAGUACAGUUGCACACCAUUGUUGUGUUUCUGAAGUUCCUGGGAGAGAGCAGUGCUGUUCAGAAUAUUUCCUGCUUUACAGUAGUGUCUGCCUUUCUUUUUAUGGCUGCUCUCAUGACUGGUGCAGAAUAUGUAGUGGAUGUAGCUGCUGAGAAGCUUGGUCUCUCCUACCUUCUGUUUUCCACACAUACAUGAUAAAUGCAUGCUUUGGAAUGAGAACAGCAGGUGAGUUGCUUGAUGAGACUGUGCACUGACUGACAAGGCCUAGACUUCACCAAUUUCCUAAAGUACUGAUGAAUAACUAAUUUCCAAACUUGCUUACAUGCCACAGAUAUAUUUCAAUACUGAGUUGAUAACAGCCAUUUCAGCUGGAAUACACUAGACUUUGUGUUUGCAAUGCAAUUGAGACACUUCGCUUUGCCUAGCACCAUUUUUUGUUACUUGAAAUUUAUGUACUGGUAUUUAUUUGCUUCAAAGUACGGCCUCAUAGAUAAUAUAAUCCUAUAUUUAUAAUGUAGUGUAAGCAGGACAUCUGACAACUGUAACUAGUGACUUCCAAAAGAGUCUCAACUACCUCCACCCAGGCUUGUUCUUUAAUUUUUCCUUCUCUCUGAUUCCCCUACUCUUUGAUUUGCUGCACGGAUGAUCUUGAAUUUUGUGAUAUGGUCAGCAAAUACAGUUCUUUCCUCCUUGGUGCAGUUGGGCCCCUGUUUUGAUUCAGUCAUCAUGGAGAUGUCAGCAGGCAACAACAUGUAGUCACAUCUUUCGUGUUUACACUUAUCACUGAUUUCAAACUGUACAGCUCAACAUUUGUUGAGGACUACACCUUUAACUAUUUUGGUCCUAGCAAAUGUUGAGUCGUAUAAGUUUCUGUGGCAGGCAUAUUGGGGUGGGGGGUGGGGAUUUAAAGAUAGUUUGGACAAUAUGUUAUUAAUGCUGGCAAACAUGAAAUACCAAGUGACUCAUUAAAGUAUUGUUUCUGUAACAAACAUGAAAGUCUUAGUGACUUAAUUUUAUUCAGGUUGAUGAACACAUGAACAUCUAAACCACAAGCUGACACCUCAGUCAAUUUACCAAUAGGUGAUCAGCAACCUCGGAGGUAUUCUUGACCUCACACAAGCAAUAUCUCAUGUGAGAAGGUCAGUAUUUCUUUCCUAAUAAGGUAAUUCAAAUGAAGAUCAUGAUUGGAUAAAGGGAAGGUCAACAAACUUGUGCUAGUUGAGGUAUAGAAUAGGUCCAUACUACAGCCUUGUCUUCUACCUAUGUAACUGUUACCAGGGUUGUGCAAAGAUAACACAACUUGUAUUUGUUUGGGACAGGACUGCACUUACUGUGAUUGACCUGACAUGUCCUCAGACUGAGCACAUGGUUGUGCAUUUUUCCAAGACAAGAGUGUCCACCAGCCUUUAUCAAAGCCUAGAGUCCAUACUUGCCAUUUCAAGCCUACUUUUCUUGACUUGAUCGUUGCACCACCCUGUGUAGAACAUAAGUUAUGUCCCUUGUGAUAAAAACACGAUAUCUAAACAGAUGUUAUUAUUUCGAAUUGCCUCUCAAAGAUGACAACCCUGACAGACAAACAAAAUGACAGAUUACCAUAGUAAAGAUACUUAUUACUGCCCCAUUUCACUUUUACAACAAUAGAGGCAUACAGACUACACAGUAACAAACAACACGGCACAUCUCAAUAACAUGGAACCAAUAGUAGGUAUCGUCUAAAAAUAGCACCGCGUUUCAGUCACUGCCAUAAGCUUUCAAGUUGAAGUUUGCACUCAAAGAUAUAAAAGUACUUGAGCAAGUUGAUUGAAAACUUUGACCCACUUUGAAAAUAAAUUCGACAGGCAAUGGCUGUGGUCAGAGCAGUGACCACAUUUUCAGAACACCCAUGUUGAUUUUGUAAAACGUUCUCUGAUUGGCUGAUCAGUAUGUGUGAUUGUCCAAUCUCACAUUCAGCUAUUUCCAUCAAGUUUUGAAAAAAUAUUUGUGUUGGUUGUACUAGCCAAAAUUGCCGAGCAAUGGUAACUUGGAACUCUCACUGAGAGUGAUACUGCUCUUGUUCAUAACAGACAGCAACUGAAAUUAUAAACCAAGCACACUUUAUAUUUCAAACAGGGGCGGUCGGGUAGCCUUGUGGUUAAAGCGGUCGCUCGUCACGCCGAAGACCCGGGUAAGAUUCCCAACAUGGGUACAAUGUGUGAAGCCCAUUUCUGGUGUCCCCUGCCGUGAUAUUGCUGGAAUAUUGCUAAAAGCGGCGUAAAACCAUACUCACUCACUUAUCAUGCUUAUAUUUCAAAUAAUCAUAUUAGUAUGUGAGAAUGUAACUUUGCAUGAUUUUGAUUAUUUUUUAUACAUUACUUAUAUACCGUAUUCGACAUAAUAAGCGCCAAGGGCGCUCUCAAAAUUAGAAAUAAGGUGCUCUUAUUAGAAUAUUAUUUUGGUGAAAAAAAGAGUUGAAAAGAGAAUUUUGAGUUGAAAGAUUAAUUUCGUGGUUAAUGCUCACAGCCUGAAAUGUUUAUAUUCCACCGAUGUAUUUUUCCAUAUAUACAUAUAUGAAAAAUGGGCAGAAACUAAAGCACUGAUUUCAGGAAAGUUCUAUGUCAGUCAUGCUUUGUAUAUAUGAAAUGACAUAUUAACAUCAAUACUUGCAUGGUAUCUGACACAAGCUGCUGUGUCAUUCAUUCCUCUUCAUUACACCCCAAACAGCAUCUUGUGCACCUGUGCCAUGACUGGCCUCAAAAAGUUCCAAACAGCUCUCUUGAACCUAAUCUCAUGUGGUUUCAAAGUUAGAAGAUGGAAGUUUCCUUUUGUCUGUAUUGUGAUAGGGCAAUCACUAAAAAAUUCAAUGUUGUCCACAGUGGCAUAUUCCUGUCCUACUCUCCUGUAAAAUUGGCCUCAUGUGAGCCCAAUGGCUCCUGGUCCAUGUUGUAAAUUGUCUGAAACUGUGCAAUAUGUGUGAGAACAAUGACCACAGUAAAAUAUCCCUGUGUGAAGGGAAAUCUGUUUCUUUGAGGCUCCAAAGUGCAUUCCCUGUAUUUCUUGGGAUAUCUUGGUCGUGGAAGGAGGCAUGCUACUCGGUCCUUAUAAGUUAGGCUCCUCUGCUGCACGGUUGUAAAGAACACUGGCAGAGCUUGGAUGGCUGAGUGUCUAUGCAUCUGGUUUUCUUUGAAAAACCCUUUAACAAAUAAAGCACUCCUGAAGGUUGUGUUUCGGAUGGUGUUCCAGAACACAAUGGUUAACCAAGUCUCUUUAUUUGGUAUAGUGGUGACCAGAACAUCCUGGUACUUCACAGGCCAUGCCCUCGUUGGGCCAAAUGGCGUGUUCGGACUCCAAGGAGUCUGCCAUCUCUUUCUGAUCGGCAUGUACUUGUAAGGCCAUCUGAAAGUAACAAUCUGUGCCCUCCCAGAUACCUCCCAGAACAACAAAGUGAAACGUGAAGGUUUCCCCCCAAGACAGAAAAAAACAAAAAACCUAAACUACCAGUAUGUACAAAUUUAUUUUAAUUGAUACCACCUUAAUUCUUACAAAACAGUGGUCCCUGGAUUUAAUGGUCUUGCACUAUCAAAACUUGGGGGACUCCAAAAAUCAACCCUUGACUUAUUCUGUUGUAUUUCUGGAGUGCUGACAUGAACAGAACACCCACCUGUCAUGAUGCCGUCUGGUACAUAGUGACCAAACAACCGAUAGUCCCUGCUCUGAUGUGCAGGUGCAUUGUAACCUGACCUUAAAAGUGUAUCCCUACCAGUCUGUCUACCCCUUAAACCGACAUUAUUUCCAACUUGAGGUAGAGGUGAAUACAGUGUAGAUAUUGGAUACAUAUUUUGCUGAGGUGGUUCAACUAACUUGUCAAGUCGAUAAAUGGUUCCUGCAGAUUAACAUCGGCACUACUAAAAAACUGAUCAUCCGUCUUGAAGAAAAAUGGAUCAAUUUAUUUGUCAGAAGCAGAUUAUUAUUAGAAU